GGAGCGCAGCUGAGCGCCCGCCGCGCCAAUGAGCGCAGCGCAGGGAGCCCCUCACUCUAUAUAAGCCGGGCCCGGGGAGGGCCGCCGCUGUUGCCGUGUUCCUCAGACUCGUUGCUCGUCUAUCCCGGCGCUCCCCAACCAUGCGCGAGUGCAUCUCCGUCCACGUGGGGCAGGCGGGCGUGCAGAUCGGCAAUGCGUGCUGGGAGCUGUACUGCCUGGAGCACGGCAUCCAGCCCGACGGCACCAUGCCCGGCGGCGGCGGGGACGACUCCUUCAACACCUUCUUCAGCGAGACCGGUGCAGGGAAACACGUCCCACGUGCCGUGUUUGUGGACCUUGAACCUGUAGUCAUAGAUGAAGUUAGAAAUGGGGCAUACAGGCAGCUCUUCCAUCCUGAGCAACUGAUAUCUGGUAAAGAAGAUGCUGCAAAUAACUAUGCUCGAGGUCACUACACAGUUGGGAAAGAGAUAAUUGAUCUGGUUCUAGAACGUAUCAGGAAACUGUCAGAUCAGUGCACUGGCUUGCAGGGCUUCCUGAUUUUCCACAGCUUUGGUGGAGGGACUGGAUCUGGAUUCACUUCUCUGCUGAUGGAACGCCUCUCGGUUGACUACGGGAAAAAAUCUAAGCUGGAAUUUGCCAUCUACCCUGCACCUCAGGUCUCAACAGCUGUCGUAGAGCCCUACAACUCCAUCCUGACCACCCACACCACGCUGGAGCACUCUGACUGUGCCUUCAUGGUUGACAAUGAGGCCAUUUAUGACAUUUGCCGUAGGAACCUGGACAUUGGACGCCCAACCUAUACCAACCUCAACCGCCUCAUUGGUCAGAUAGUAUCUUCCAUUACUGCUUCCCUUAGGUUCGACGGUGCCUUAAACGUGGAUCUCACUGAAUUCCAGACCAACCUGGUGCCUUACCCUCGUAUCCACUUCCCCCUGGUGACGUACUCCCCGAUUAUUUCAGCAGUGAAGGCCUACCACGAGCAGCUCUCGGUGGCAGAGAUCACCAACGCCUGCUUCGAGCCCUCCAACCAGAUGGUGAAGUGUGACCCACGGCACGGCAAGUACAUGGCGUGCUGCAUGCUGUACCGCGGGGACGUGGUGCCCAAGGACGUCAACGCCGCCAUCGCCGCCAUCAAGACCAAGCGCACCAUCCAGUUUGUGGACUGGUGUCCUACUGGAUUUAAGGUUGGCAUCAAUUACCAGCCCCCCACAGUGGUUCCUGGGGGCGACCUGGCCAAAGUCCAGCGGGCAGUCUGCAUGCUGAGCAAUACCACGGCCAUUGCCGAGGCCUGGGCUCGCCUGGAUCACAAGUUUGACCUGAUGUAUGCCAAACGUGCCUUUGUUCACUGGUAUGUUGGAGAAGGGAUGGAGGAGGGGGAGUUCUCGGAGGCUCGGGAAGAUUUGGCUGCACUUGAGAAAGAUUAUGAAGAAGUAGGCACAGACUCGAUGGAUGUAGAAGAUGAAGGUGAAGAAUAUUAAAUCCAAUGAUGAAUUGCAAGUCUGCCAUUUCACUGCCUCUUUAGUAGCACUGUAAAUCAUGUAAACUGAUUGGAAUAAAAUUAUUUGAUCA